AUGGUGACGCCUGUCAAGCGUCCCGCCGAGCUGGCGGCCGACCGCCCCCACCGCAGCCGCUCCCGCGGCGCCAAGGCCCUGAAGCGGGAGCCAGGCAUCGCGGAGGCGUCGGUCGCGCCCCCGGAGCCGCAGCUCGACGCCGACGAGCAGGAGCUGGCGGACCGCCGCCUGGCGCUGCAGCUGCACAACGAAAUGAUGGAGCGGCAGGAGAAGGUCGUCGACCGAGGCCAGGAGUACAUCGACGUGGACUGGCAGGAGAUCAUCGGCGACUACCCGACGGUGGGCGGCGGGGCCUCGUAUGCCAAGCGCGUGGGCGAGGAGGACGAGCUGGACGUCGUGUGGGACCCCGCGCUCCUCGAGAAGCACACCGCGGACUGGGAACGCAUCAUCAUGACGGAUUUCGCGGUGUACGACGCCGAGGGCAUGCUGGCGCCGCUCGAGCUCGUGCCCAUGAUCAAGAGCGAGCCGAACAACGUGCUCUUCCUGUCCGGCGCCAUCCAGCGCGCGCGCGGCGAGGACGACUUCUACGGGCACGGCUUCGAGUGCGGCGAGGCCACGGACGGCGCCGGCGAGGCCGGCGCGUCCGACGCCGGCGCGGGCCCGAGCGGCAGCGGCGGCAUCGCGACGCGCAUCUUCACCACGCCGAUCCGCGAGUGGACCGUCGAGAUCGGGAUCGACCGCAUCUACAUCAUCGCGCGCACCAACUGCGCCUGGUACCAGCUCAGCCGGCCGCUCCCGGAGUACGCGCGCAUCAUGGACGUCCCGGUCAAGGUCGCGCGCAUCGGGAAGAAGCUCCUCGGCCUCGUGUGCGAGGCCCGCCGCGCGAGCUCCGUGUCCCUGCGUGCCGCGCGCGACGUCAUUGCCGCGGAGAAGCCCGCGUCGUCGCUGCGCGUGUCGCCGGAGCCGGUCGUCGUCGAGCGCUUCCUCGUCGUGCACGGCGCGAUCAUCGCCGCGAUCUUCUACUCGUACCCCGUCGAGGAGGUCCAGCGCUGCGCGCUGGUGAAGGAGCUGAUCAACAGCAUGAAGUACUGCCGGCACCACAAGGUGUUCGCGCGGCGCGGGGGGUACGACCCCGGGCUGACGGUGGAGAACCCGAUGAAGCGGUGCCGCGGGGACGCGCGGCCGAAGCUCGCGCCGAUGGAGGCGACCGCGACGCUGCUGGUGCGCAAGAUCUGGCAGUCCUACUUCGACCGGCGCGCCAAGUACGACGCGAAGGGCAAGGCCGACAUCGACCCGUACACGGGCAAGCGCUUCCUGUCCGCGAACGACCGCGCGGAGAUCGAGCGCGGCGUGCACCCGUUCACCGGCAAGCCGUUUGCGUCCGACGCCGAGAAGCAGGAGCUGCUGUCAGGCACCGUGGACCGCCCCGCGGACGACGAGGACGGCGACGCGGGCGCGCCGGACGCCGAGGACGAGGACGGCGGCGACCUCGUGGAGCCGAUGUUCGUCGCCGACCGCGCGCGCGCCAACAAGGGCGUGGCCUUCGUGGGCGAGGGCGAGGACAUGGCGACGCGCGCGGGGACGCGGCGGGCGUACCGCGAGGCCACGCUGGGCGACGGCAAGGGCGCGGCGGCGCGGGUGAAGUGCGGGACGGCGGUGCGGUGCUGGGUGCGCGGGGAGGACGCGGACGGGCACGAGGAGUGGGAGGUCGUGCUGGGGCUCGUGCAGUGCAUGUGGGCGCAAGCGCGGAGCGGGAAGGGGUCGCGUGGGCGCGCCGCGGCGGCCGCGGACGGCGACUUGCACAUGGCGCAGCUGCGCGUGCUGCUGCCGGGCGCCGCGACGGUGCUGGGCGACACCGCGUCGUCGUUCGAGCUCUUCCUCGGGCAGGACACGGUCACCGUGUGCAUGGACGACGGCACGGAGCGGCUCGACGUCGAGUGGGGCGACGGCCUCAUCGGCGUGCGCCACCGCAAGCACCACAACGCCACGAUGGAGCGCAUGCAAGACGAGGCGCGCGAGCGGAUCGCCGCGGGGCAGGAGCCGACGUACUACGUGUCGCGCGAGUACGUCGCGUCCGAGGGCAUGUUCCGGGACCUCCCCGAGGACGUCGAGAUGCGCCUGGGGGAGUAUUGCGAGGCUGACGUGGUGCAGCCCAUCACCGAGCUGUGGGAGGCGGCCCCGCGCACGCCCGGCCGCGCCGCCUUCACCGUCGUGCGCCCCAACGGCAAGCGCCAGGUCGUGCAGGAGGGGGACUUCGUCUACCUCGAGGUCGACGCCUUCGAGCCGCUCGAGUCGGCCAAGGACACCCGACAGCGGGCGUCGUACCCGCCACCCCCCCCGCCGGGCCAGGACGCCAAGGGCGCCGCCGCGAAGCCCCCUGCGCGCGAGCCGGCCAAGAAGGAGAAGAAGCCGAAGAAGGCGCCCGCGAAGAAGAAGGCCCCCGCGGCCCCCAAGGCCGCAAAGCCCAAGGCGGAGGCGACGCCGGCCCCCGCGCGGCCCCCGCGCGCGGCGCGGCCGGAGUCGCUGCGCGAGGAGGACACGGACACGUCCGGCGAGGGCUCCUCGGACGGCUCGCCCGGCCUGACGCGCGCCGGGCGGAAGCACCGCGCCCGCAAGGCGGCGGACCCCGACAGUGCCAUGGACCUCGACGACGCGCCGCGGCGGCGCGCGGGCCCGCGGCGGCCGUUGGCGCGCAAGGACCUGCUCGAGAAGGGCUCGAACGAGGGCGUGCGGGCGUGGAACGUGGGCCGCGUGGACAAGGUGACGUUCGGCGGCGUGGCGGCGGGGUCCGGGGGGAAGAAGCUCGUGGCGCGGCUGACGGUGACGCGGCUGCUGCGGCCGGAGGACGUGGAGCACGACCUGGCGUACAAGAUGGCGUACAACGAGCUGCUGUGGAGCGACGAGACCGCGGAGCUGGACCCGGAGGAGGUGCUGGGGGUGUGCUACGUGACCCCCCCGGACCGCGUGCCCGCGGAGCGGCACCCGGACCUGUUCGUGUGCGCGAAGAAGCACGUGAGCACGACGCUGGUCGCGGGCACGGGGCCCGGGACGGGCAAGCCGGCGAGGUACGAGCACGACUUGACGGAGGUGCCGGAACUCCCCCCCGUGGAGUUCAUCGACGCGAAGGAGUGCCUGGUCCGGCCGGAGGACGUCCCCGCGGCGCAGCGGCUCAAGACGCUCGACAUCUUCGCCGGCUGCGGCGGCCUGUCCGCGGGCUUCGACGCGUCGGGCGCCACGGAGACCAAGUGGGCGAUCGAGUACGAGCGGUCGGCGGCCAAGGCCUUCGAGCGCAACUACCCGGACGCGACGAUGUUCGCGGAGAACUGCAACGUCGUGCUGCUGCGCGCGAUGGAGAAGGCCGGGUGCAUGGACGAGUGCCACGCGCCGGAGCCCAACCGCAAGGCGGCGGAGGGGUUCCCGGCCGAGCUGGUCGACAAGCUGCCCAAGCCCGGGGAGGUGGACUUCGUGUGCGGCGGCCCGCCGUGCCAGGGGUACUCCGGGAUGAACCGGUUCAACAAGGGGAACUGGUCGAUGGUGCAGAACUCCAUGAUCAUGUCCUACCUGUCCUACUGCGACUUCUACCGCCCGCGGUACUUCCUCCUCGAGAACGUGCGCAACUUCGUGACGCACAACAAGUCGCGCACCUUCCGCAUGGUGCUGCGCACGCUCCUCGACAUGGGCUACCAGGUCCGCUUCGGCGUGCUCAACGCGGGCAACUUCGGCGUCGCGCAGAGCCGCAAGCGCACCUUCAUCUGGGCCUCGAUGCCCCAGGAGCGCCUCCCGGACUGGCCCGCGCCCAAGCACGCGUUCCGGUCGCCGCAGCUCAAGAUCACGCUCGGCCCCGACGGCGAGAGCUACUGCGCCAUCCCCGACGUCCAGGGCGCGCCGUACCGCGCGGUGACGGUCCGCGACACCAUCGGCGACCUGCCGCCCGUCGGCAACGGGCACAGCGACCCCGAGGACGCCGGGAUGGACUACGGCGGGCCGCCCGUGAGCGACUUCCAGGCGGCGAUCCGCGGGGAGUGUCCGCGGCUGUACGACCACGUGUCCAAGCAGAUGAACGACCUGAACUACACGCGGUGCCGGCUUAUCCCGAAGAACAUGCCCGGCGCGGACUGGCGCGCGCUCGAGGUGUGGGCGGGGCGCGUGUCCGAGGACACGUGCGUCGACGAGGAGAAGAACAAGCACCCGAUGGGGACCAUCGUGCCGUGGUGCCUCGCGAACGACACGCGCCACCGCCACAACCAGUGGCGCGGGCUCUUCGGCCGCCUGGACUACUACGGCCACUUCCCCACCGCCGUGACGGACCCGCAGCCCAUGGGCAAGGUCGGGCAGGUCUUCCACCCGGAGCAGGACCGCAUCAUCACCGUGCGCGAGUGCGCGCGCUCGCAGGGCUUCCCGGACACGUUCCGGUUCUACGGCGACGUGCACUCGCGGCACCGCCAGAUCGGGAACGCCGUGCCCGUGCCGCUGGCGCGCUCGCUGGGCGAGCAGCUCUGCCGCGCGCUGACGCGCCGGAACUAG